CAGAAGGCUUUGAAAAGUCACUAACAGUUUCCAUUUUAGAAUCAUUCAUCUUAUUCAAUUUAUAAUGUUUUAAAAACAAAUAAAUAACCUUUCUUUUGGCCUAUUUAUCCGUUCUGUUUCCGUUCCGAUUUUCGCUUUCCACCAUGCAGAAUUCCAGAACUUACUCAAGCCAUUUGAAGCUAGCCAAAAUAUCCAGUUUCUAUCUCUGUUCCAACACUCCCCUGCAGCCCAUCACGGUAAGAUCAUAUGGCGACUCCAAUAGCAGCGGGGACACGGGCAUAAAGGCCGAACUGGCCAAGAAGAUACCCGAGAUGCGAGAAUGGUUUCUGAACACAAAGAAUCUCCAUGGAAAUAAGACAAUCGCACAGGUCACCAUCAACAGCGUGAUAGGUGGCAUGCGGGGUUUGCCACUCCUUAUAUGCGAUACCUCCAGUCUGGAUAAGGAUACGGGUAUCUCCUAUCGCGGCUACCCGCUCAAGGAUGUCUGCGAACAGCUGCCACGCGUAGUGGAGGGCUCGAAGGAGGGCACGCCCGAGGGCUGCUUCUUCCUUCUGACCACUGGAAGGCUUCCCACAAAGGAGGAGGCGGAAGAGGUGACCAAGGAGUGGAUUAAGCGGAGCAAGCUGCCCAGUUACUGCCAGAAGCUAAUGGACUCAAUGGACACGAAGAUUCAUCCAAUGGCGCAGUUUAGCGCAGCAAUUGCCUGCCUCGAUCCGGAAAGCAAAUUCGUCGAAGCUUACAAUAAAGGCGCCAAGCGACAAGACUACUGGAAGUACAUCUACGAGGAUGCAAUGAACCUGUGCGCCUAUCUGCCCACUGUGGCAUCGAUCAUCUACCAAAACGUAUUCAAGGACGGUAGUGGAACCCGUGAGACCGACAAGGAGCAAGACUGGUCCGGGAACUACGCCCGCAUGCUGGGAAUCGAUCACAAAGACUUUUCCGAUCUGAUGCGCCUUUACUUGGUCAUACAUGCGGAUCACGAGAGUGGCAACGUCUCGGCCCACGCCUCACAUUUGGUGGGCUCGGCUCUAAGUAAUCCCUAUCUAUGCUUCUCGGCCAGCAUGUGUGGUCUGGCUGGCAUCCUUCACGGACUGGCCAAUCAGGAAGUGCUUGUCUGGCUAACCAAACUAAGAAAGGACAUCGGUGAUGAGCCCACUGAUGAUCAGCUAAGAAAGUUUAUCGACGACACGCUCAAGAGCGGUCGGGUUAUUCCCGGCUAUGGGCACGCCGUUCUGCGGGUCACCGAUCCCCGAUUUACCCUGCAGAACGAAUUCGCCAUGAAGCACUGCAAAGACGAUCCCGGCGUUAAACUGGUGACCCGCCUAUGGAAGAUCGUGCCAGAGGUUCUGGGAAAGCUGGGUAAGGUGGCCAAUCCCUACCCGAAUGUGGAUGCCCACUCGGGAGUCCUGCUGCAGCACUAUUCCUUCAAUGAGAUGCAGUACUACACGGUACUGUUUGGCGUGUCCCGGGCAUUGGGUGUGCUCUCGCAGCUGAUCUGGGCCCGGGCUCUGGGGGCACCCAUCGAAAGGCCGAAGUCCAUCUCCUCUUUAGAACUUUGUAAGACAAUCCAUAAAGAAGAGAAAAAGAGUGAUAAGUGAGCGAAAUGAUGAGUCUGAACCACAGAACAAAGACAUUCUAGGUUACUUCAAUGGUUUAUCCGUGACAAACGGCAAAGUCCGCAGUAUUUUUGUAACAUCUACACUCGGAGCAAAAUCGUCGUGGAAUAAAGUAUGAAUAGAGAAA